AGCCAUGCGGGCGGCCAAGGUGCUGACGCUGGCUGCGCUGCUGCUCCUCAGCAGGGGCCCCGCCGCACACACCCUCUGCUCGCCCACCGUCUUCUUCAGAGACUGCUGGAUCCGCCGAUUCCCGGGGCUCCUCCUCGACCUGGAAGAGUCUCAGAAGCUGGGAGCCCAGUUCUUGAAGUAUUACUCUGAGAGCACUGGUCAGAAGUGUGGCCGCAGCUGCUGUCUCAGGAAGGAUGUGUCCUGUAAUUUGGCAGUCUUCUUCUAUGACCCAAUUCAUGACAACGUCAAUUGUCUCCACAUCCACUGCCCAACACUAGAGAGCUGCAUAUUAAAACCUGGAACCAGCGCUAUCUUGUACAACAUAACAGAUGGUAAAGAUCCAGACUUGAUGGUUUUCGAGCAGUCACCUUCCACCUAUCUAAACACUCGUUCUUCAUCUGAUGGAAGGGACAGAUUAAGGUUCUUAAAAACUAUGAAUUUACAUCACCAACCAACUACUAGGACGAGCUAUUUUCUGCCAUUAAUAGAAAAUCCAUCAGCAACCACACAGGAAGGUUUGGUUGCAAACACAGAGGAUACUGGUAGUCCCCAGGAACUCACCACAGAUUCUGGGGCCAAAUACAGUUCUCUGAAGGAGUUCAUUACCCCCAAGGUAAAUAUGCUGUCACCACCAAGUUCUGACUCUGUCAGCAACCCAGAUAACAAGACCAUCUCGCCUUUCUUUGUGCCCAGAGACACAAGGCUUUCCCAUAUGCCGGUUCCUUCACGAUCUAACAUUAGCAAACAAUCAUUGAACAGAACAAAGGGAUCUGAUGGCAGGAACCAUACAUCUGAGAAUGAGAACCAGACCUGGGGGGACCCACAGGUGACUCCGCAGCCGUGGCUGGCCCCCCUGGCCUGGUGUGCCUUGCUCUUCUUUCUUUGCUUCUGUGUAGUCGCCCUGGUCUUGGGACGCUGCGGUAAGCAGCAGGGUCAAUAUCAACCAGGACAGAGGAAGUCAGGAUUUGGGCCAAGGAAAAAGUACCAUCCCUUGGAGAAAUCUUAAAACAUUGGAGCAAGGUUAAACAGAUACUUUCAAAGGUAUCAUUUCUGCCUUAUAUCUAAGAAAUGUGGAAUUUGGAAGUGGAGGUGUGGCUCAAGUGGAAGAAGAACAUCAGCCUUGAGUAGAAAAAGCCAGUAAGAGACAAGGCCCUGGGUUCGAGGCCUAGUACUGGCACCAAAUUAAAAAAAAAAAGAUGAGGAAUUUGGAUUCAAAAUCUGACCCAGAAUGCCACUCUACCACUCUAAAAAGUCAAUGGUUGGUAAACAUAACCAUAUUGUUGAUAUUCCUAUUUCUCCCUUUGCCAACUUUCCAGUCUAGUAGUCCCAGAAGCUAUUGACUACUGUUAAGGACAGUUCUUGCUGGACACUAGGACUCAUGCCUGUAAUCCUGGCUACUCACAAGGCUGAGAUCUGAGGA